AGAGAGGGACGGGACUCUGAGGAGGCUGCUGGUACUGAGGAAAAACACACGGUGCAGCUGGCUUUGUCCUGGAAACCCCUGUCUGUUUGACUCAAACCAGAAGGAUUUAAAACACGGGACUUUCAAGCCAAUGACAGUGGACCCUUGGAUGUAAGACGAAAACUUUUUUCUGUUCAAGUUUGUGUUUUAUCGCCUCACGUUGACAGUGGCUUCAUAAGUGGGAGAUAUCGGAGGUUUGAGGAAAUAUCUUGAGGAGAGGCUGUCAGAGAGGGAGCUUUGGGAUGCUGGUUCCUCGUGCGCUCCGCUCCUUGCUGUGCGUACUGAGCUGCGCGUGGCUGCACACCGGAGCGGCCUCGCGGCUCAAGUCUCCCGCUCUGCCCAUCCAGUCAGAGAGAGAGCCGCAGCCCUCCAAAGGCUUGGCAGGUAAGGAGCCCAACACUUUUAUUCACGUUCAUUUCAACAUCCUACAGCUGUAUAAGCAAACGUUUAGUGUAGCUUAAUCUGCAUUAAGAGCAUGGACAAAAGUACGUUCAUAAUGUGUGGUACUUUUAUCUAAGUUGGUUUUACUUAAGAAACGUUGUGUUUAUAAAGUGAACACACAUUUCCAACAUGUAAAAGGAGCGUACUAUUAAUUCGGCCACCAAAUGGACCCCCUAAACUUUACAGCCAUCAUCUAAGACGGUGCUGCUGUGACCCAACAUACGCCGAGGUGGCAGUAGAGAGCGUAAUUUAAGUAUUGAUUUAAAAGUCAUUUUGUCUCAAAGCAUGCCGCAAUUUCAGGUUCCUAUUCAGCCGAAUUGCAGUAUACAUGAUGUUUUUUGUAGCCCUUCAAUGUGAGUGUAACAAAUAUCAGUUUUUUAAUAGAUAAACAGGAUUUUUUAAAGAUAGAAUACUUUACCACGAGGAUUGGUGUGUUGCACUGCAUGUGCGCAGAGGGGAGCACUUAAUGACCUGAACAGCCUCCUCUAACGGCCAGUCUCACCUUUAUAGGUUCAGAAUAUGAACUUUAAUAGAAGGAUUUUAGAGUCAAGUGAGCAGUUUUUCCAAUUUGAAGCAAAAAAUAGCAACGUUGAAUAAGAGAGCUGUUUUAUUCUUAUUGUCUUGUAUGACAAUGAAAAAGGCAUUCAUAGAUAGAUAGAUAGAUAGAUAGAUAGAUAGAUAGAACCCACUAAUCUUACAGUCUUUGCACGGGUGGCUUUAGAUGUGCCCCAGUUGCCAGAACUGAGAAUCAAACCAUAGCAUCUGAAAUUAUUAUUGUCUAAGUAAUCAGAUUCAGUCAAGGAACUGAUCAGACAAACUCAAAAGACAAAUAUAAAUCAUCUCUUGCGCCAUUCUGUCCCUUGGGCUCUUAUUUUGAAAUUCUAACUUUGACCUCCAUGUCACCUGACUGUGGCUUUAAUUUAUUUCAUACCUGUAGUUGGUUAAAACACAUAAAGUGGACAAAAACAAUACUUUCAGAAGUUCAUUUGACCCUUUCCCAUUGAAAAACGAGAAAUGAAAAACAUCUCCAACAUCUAUUAUCUUGUUUUUGUUUAAAGUUGGAACAAUGAAGAAAUGAGCUGUUUUUCAUAUGCAGUAAUUUCUUUCUUGUCUGGCAUGAAAUCAUGCCUUCAAACCCUGACCUUAAAGACACCAACUCCUGGCAGCAUGCACAGUCUGUCCGCUUGUGAAGAACUGUCCUCUUAUUACAGACUGCAAACAAAAUUUAAGCAAAUUUCUAUGUUUCACCUUGAACACAGUCCAAUGCCUGCCUGGAUUGCUUCAUGUGUAAACUAGUGGCAAACAUCUGAGUCAUAACCGCAGUGGAUGCCAUUCGAUUCAUGUGUGAAAGCCCCUAAGUACAAAGCUCACUGCGGUUUUUAUAAGGUAACCACUCAGGAGUUCAAAACUGUGGGAACUCCACGUUAACCACAGCCUGCAACGUGCAAUUCUGUGUUGGAAAACUAUAAUCAAUCGACUUUCCAUUACAAGCAUUGGCUCCUCUGAGAUGAUUUAUUUCAGCAGAGACUCAAGUGGCAGGCUCACAGUUUGGCUCCUUAAGAGUGGGACUGGACUAUUUAAGGAGUGCAGUCACUUUAAUGAAAGAAUAAUGUGAACCAGGUUGGAAGCGGUGCGCGAGGAAAGGCAUCAGCUUGAGAAGAGCUGGCGAGAGGUGACAUCACAUUUAGUGUAUGUGUGUAUGAGAAGGUCUCUCACCACACACACCACUUAUCCUAACCAGAGAUCAACAUAAUAUCCCUGUAGUAACACAGCGUGACUAACACUCAAUUAUGAUCGUAGCAUAGUAAUAAUAUCACUGAAAGCUAUUUUUAUGUCCUGUAACAUCAGCAGAGCCCCUGUGUAUUAAACCACUGUGUUUUUAUAGUUAUGGCUGGAUUUCAAGUGAAACAUGUAUAAUGUGCUGCAUUUCAGCUCAGCAGUGUUUGUUUUCACAUCCACUCUAGGUCAGGAUGUUUUUAUUUUUUAAUCUCUGGAGCUGUUGUCUGAUAAAGAGCCCCAGUUUUACAUCAUUUGGCCCCGAAUAAGCUCUAAGGCCUCUGUAUACCUCAGAGUGUGUGUCAAUAUAUUUUCCUUUGCAAUUUAAAGUAUUUUUUCAGCUUAGAGAGUUUCUUUUGCUCUGCUCUGAUUUGCACGUGAACAAAAAACUUCUGGUAGUUGCAACUUUAAACAAAAAGCAUAAAGCUGUUAAGACAUAAUUAACACUAAUAAGUAAUUGUUUUCAGCCACUCAAUAUCUGAAAUUGAUUUGCAUAAAGAGGGUAUGUGUAUUAAAGCCUUUUCUUUCAUCCACAGUGCUUUACAGUGAGUGAUCCAUUUGAGUUUCAAAGGAAGCAAGGUGUAAUUUUUGUUAUAAAACACUGCUUUAAAGUAAGAUAAGCACAAAGAGAAAAGGAUUCAUUGUGUUCACCAGGGCACCAAAAAACACAAAAUGAAAGUCUCUCAUAGGAGCUUUAAGUGAAAAAAAAAAAACAUGUAGGUACCACAUGCAGUUCUCCAAAGAACCCAUAGGGACAACAGCACUACCAUUUGGGACAUCCUGGUGUAUGGUUUACCCUUUAAAAUAAAUGUUAUAGUAAUGUUUAAUCUUAGUGAGGGUGAGCUUGUUGCACAGUUUUUGUUUGAGCUGCAGACAAAACUGCAAAUUUAUCAAUAUUACAAUAUGAACAAUGGCAACAAACACACCACAAAUGAUUAAUUUUGAAUGAUCUCAAUAAUUGUUGACAAUUCAGUGAUGAAGAAUGGAUUUUCGGGUGUAUCUUAGAUCCAUGAGAACCAUGUUGCAAACUCAGCUAAUUUGUAAAAUAUAUAUACUAUACUAUAGAAAUUAUGAGCUAUUUUAUCCAUUGUGCACUCUUUCAUAUUUGUUUAUUUAUUACACUUCUUAAUGUACUAUUGGACAAUGUUUUUACUCACAACAUUGUACUUUUAAGAUCCUUUGUGCAGAAAGUCAGAUUUGUGGGAAAAUAGCUUAACUAUAAGUGGUAAAAUUAGAGGGAAGUUUUGUCCUGUAGGAAAGACGGGAGAAUUGCAGUAUGUCCAUAAAACACACCACAUUUAUAAGGGUUGUUUUGCUAAUUCCUUUAUGUUUCAAAAAAUAUAGCAUAAGGUAAACAUACUAAAGAAAUAUUGUGCUACCCUUUUUUUUUUUUAACCUUUUUUCUUACCUCUGGUUACCUUUACACUGCAUUCAUACCUUUCAAAUGUACCAGCAGUGACUUUUAAAGGGGGUUUGACCUACAUUAUAUUUCUGGGAAUCUCUGACUGUCCUCCUGUGGAAAAUUGUACGCCUCCCAUACUUGCUCAUGGAUCAUUUAGAUGAGACAGGAUGAGUGGUCGAGUCCCAAAACUCAUGAGCCAUCCAGUGAGUUUCUGUUGCCUCCAACAUGUCUGGGCAGUGAGCUGGACACCAAUAUUUUUCGUUCAAUUAUGAAACAAAGGCUCAGUCUGUGUAGCCUGUCACCUCCAAUAUCUGACACUUAAUGAAGGCCUUACGGUCGCAGUAUCAGCUUUAAAAGAGUUGUCUUUUAGAAAGAGCUGAAGAGUCGUGAUCAUGACUACAACAUGUUUGACCCUGAGGACAGUCGUGUAUAAUCAGACAUGUUUGUGUUUCAGGAUGUUCAUUCGGAGGCCGGUUCUACUCUCUAGAGGACACAUGGCAUCCAGACCUCGGGGAGCCGUUCGGUGUCAUGCACUGUGUUCAGUGCCAAUGUGAACCGGUAAGUUUUGUCUCUUUGUCUGUCCUGCUGUUUUCUCAUGUCAGCUCACCCUGAUUUAACCCUAAAAUUAUACAAGGGGGGGUGGGAGUAAAUAGUCUAGAUGAAGUUGGGUAAAAAAUCUGUCUGGAAAUGUCCACACAUGCAGCUCACCUGAGUGCACACUGGGAAAGUUUUCAGGAACUUUUUGUGAGCGUGAAAGCACUAUUUGUGACUUGUGACAGCCAGUAAAAAAGUUUUCUUAGUCCUUUCCAAGUUUAGUCUUUCUUUUAAUCAAGACUUUGGCCAUCUUUAAAAUGCUUAAAAAGCACGUUUGCGAGUCAUAAAACUUGUGUGUUUUUCCACACAUCUAAAUAAAAUCAUAAUCAAAAAAGAUUUUGCUAAAAUUGUGUUUUUUUAAACACAAUGCCAUCAUGAAAGUGCUUGGAGAAAUCAAACUUCAGUUAAAGAAAAUGUAAAUACUUUCGCAUCACCUGAAUAGGAGGUAUUGCUGCAAAUCUACCCCUUGUGGCCUUAAUGGGUAUUACAAGGAGAAACCAUUGAAUUCCAUUUUUUUGUCUGUUUCACAAGAGGAAAAAUUAGAUGUUUUUAUAUGAGUUUUAAUAAAAGACCCUUGUGUCAAAUUUUCUACCUCAUUUGUUGUUUGUUUGUUUGUUUUUUCCUGGUAGCAAAAGACUCGUCGUAACAAGGUGUUUGGGAAGGUGAACUGUAAGAACAUCAAGCAGGACUGUCCAGACCCAGACUGUGAUGAUCCCAUCCUGCUGCCCGGGCACUGCUGUAAAACCUGUCCCAAAGGUAAUUCUCCUUCACUGACACAAACUGAAUGCAUGAUGCAGACAGCUGAGAAAAUACAUGAGCAAUGCAUGACCUGCCGCAGAAAACAUGAAAAGCAAAAGAGACAGUUUUUUCCCUGCAGAUAUUACACAUUUCAUAUGCUACCUCUCUCUCCUUAAGCCUCUUUUUCUACAUCUCCCUCUCUUUUCUCCAUACCCUGGGGUCAGCUAGUCAGUGUUCAAAGCAGCUGUUAGGUGCACCAAAUUAAGACAAUUUCUCUAACCAGCCACAACGGGAAGUACCACCCAUCAACUCAGCCACUUUCACACAUUACCACUUAAGUUCAUCCACACACUGCUGUGAACACUAUUCCACCUUAUUAGAGACUUACAGCUCCUCGGCACACGCUCACACUCACACAUCCUCAGGGUGGGCCUGUAUGCCGCACUGAGGUGUGUUUUUCUAGUCUGUGUCCAGUAAUGGAAAGUCAAGGUAAAGGACAACACUGUGCUGUUUGUGUGUAUGUUUGUGUGUGUUGUGGUUGGGUUUUGGUCAAGUGUGUUUGUCUUAGCUUUGGCACUGAAGCUGCAUGGUGUGUGUGUGUGUGUGUGUGUUUAUGUGUUUAUGUAUGCAUGUAAUGCGGUGCACCUGAGGAUACAGUAUGAGCAGUGAGAAGGGAGAGUGACAUUACCCAGAAGCCCCUAAGUGUGCCCAGUGGAGCAGAGGAGUAAGGGUGUGUGUCAGAGGAAUGAUGAGAUUUCAGAUUCCUUGGUGGAGUGUGUGUGUUUGCGUUUGUCUUUACAUACUUGUGAGGACCAACCCGCAAUAUACAACAUUUCAUUUGAGGACAUUUUUCUGAAGUGGCAUUUUGCAAAGUCGUCACAAAUAAAAUUCUCAGAUGGGCUCCUGUGGCCCCUAUAAAUGAUCGGUAUCCUUAUGUGGACCAAAAGGCUAGUGUUUGUGUUUGUGUGUCUGUGUGAAGCAGACACCUCGAAAGAUAAAGGACAGCAUUUACUUUAAAUGGCUAUGGCAAUGUUUCCACUGCUGGCACUGCCCCAAGUGACCAGGAACCCUUAGAGGAACUCAGUGCAUUUCCAUGGCAGGGAAAUAGGUCUAAAUAGAGCUCAGAGAACACCACCAAAAGCCUUAGUACAACUGAUUGGUCAAGUACUAGAGCUGUUUAUUUCAUCCAUUGACUCUACCUUUCUUCAAAGUUUGCAGCUGUAAACCACAUUUUUAAGAUAUAUUAUUCCUAAAGUGCUAUGACAUAAUAUUUCACACUCAAGAGACCAUGCAACAUUCGGACCCAAAAGACAAACUUAAGGUCCUGCAGGGACGAACCUCAGCUAUAGAGAGUACUAGUGACCCAGAGUGAUAGUGAAGGAACCUUUUAACUGAUUCUAAAGUGGUUUCAUGGACUAAAAGUUUCAGGAACUUGGAUAAAACAGUCUUAAAAGUCAAGGGAAUUCAAUUACAAAUGAACUGGGGCGGCUAAUAGCUCCAUGAUUUGCACAUGAUUUGCCCUGCUAUCUUAUCCUAUGUGAGAUCUAAUUCACAAAGCAAAUUUUGCUCAUAAUUUUUAGGUGUUUUUUAGAGAUGCAGUUGGCGGAAUUAGAACUUAUAUAUGUUUCACUGAGUUCUGAAUAUAAAGGUUACUACUGGGAUCAUGUAUCAAUGUCACACCCUCAAGUCCUUUAGCCACUUGGUACCAUGUUUGUCGCUCCUGCCAGAGAGAUGGCGCUGACUCCCAUAUGUUAUAUCCUUCUUUAUCCCUAUUCUCUAAGGUCUCUUUUUUGUUGUUUUUAUUAAGUCUUGCUCAACUUUAAAUUUGUCACAGUUUGGCUGCUCAUGUUCAUACAUUUCACACUGUUCUCUAAACACAAUCAAGUGAAAAAUUGCAGGACAGGCAGCGCUUAAGUCUCAUCUGUUAACCAGACUCCCAGAAAGAUGGAACAUGAUGUGUUUUGAAAUGUUUGGUCCAAUGAUGGAAUGAUAAGAGAUGGAAAGAUAGUCAUUGUUAGAAACCCUGGAACUAUGAAUGACAGAGAAAUCAUAGCUGUUUAUAUAAAAUGUUACCACACAUAAAACGGUACACUUUAAAUCAACUUCACAUUUUCAGAAUUUGAACCUUCCAACAGGUGUUUGUAAGUGCCCCUACUUUGAAUAACUGGGUUUUGUGUUUGUGCAGGUGAUGAUGACAAGAAACACACAGACCCUGUGCUGGACAGCUUUGAGUAUUUCCAUGAAAAAGGCAAAGAGAGAGAAGGUGACCUUCACAAGUCGUACAAUGACAGAUCGUACCUGAGUUCAGAGGAGACAAGCCUUGGAGAGAGCCGCACUGGUAAGUAGAAGUACUACAGUAAAGUGCAGUUCAUGGGGCAACAGAGCUUGUACUAGAAUCAUUUCCAUGCAUCAACUUCACAUACCCAAAUACAGGCAAAACACAAGAUGGUGUAAACAAUAUUGUGCAUAUGUUGUUGGGUAAAUAUCUGACUGUCCUACUCUCCUUGUGCAGACUUUGUUGCAGUGUUGACAGGAGUGACUGAGUCAUGGCUGCCCAGCUCCAGCGGUGUCGCCAGAGCUCGUUUCUCUCUGACAAGAACCAGCCUGACCUUCUCUAUCACAUACCAGAGGUAAAACCCACUGUUUUAAUGCAGAAAAGCUCUUCUCCUCUUUGUUUUUUGUGUAGUAUUUGGUCACGGAACGUGGUGCUCUGGUUUUCUUCUUAUCUGUCUGAGUAGCAUCACUGCAUAUCCUUUACUCCUUUCCAGCUACUCUUUGCUAUAAACAAACAAACUGAAAAUGUUUAGAGAAGCAAAUACUCAAGGUCUUGCAAUAAUUUCAUUGUUUUGGAGCAAGAUAUAAUCAAACCAUAUGUACAUAAAAGAGAAAUAUUAGUGUGUCCUAUAUUUUGUGUUGAUAUGAAAACUUUUUAAACUGAAAAACCAAAGCAAAGAAAACCAACAAUCUUUUGGCUGAAUGAGCGACCACAGUCACCACACAGUUGUCCAACAUGGCGCAUAUGACUCAUAGUUUGCAACACCACAUCACUGGGGCAGAGCAUUAAAGCUGAAUAGACAGUGGUUCUUAGAAGAAUGGGUUCACAGAGCAGUGUAACAUCAUUCGUUCCUGAAUAAAGUUAUUUUUUAUAAAGCAGAAUUAUUAGUGCCAUGGAGUAGUCACAAUGAAUAGGUAAUGUUAUGAUGUGACACAUAAUGUUAUUCUUCUUUGUUCCAUUAUAGGACAUCAUACAGUAUGAAAAGAUCCUUCAUUGAUGUAAUGUGAAAUAGUAUAAUAUAAUGGGACCCAACAGAGAAUGAUACAAAUUGACAAAUUUCAAUACUAUGCAAUGUAGAGCAAUACAUUAUGGUUUGAUCUAUUGUGGUAUGGUAUAAAAUGAUACGAUACAAUAUAUCAUAAGACAUGAUGCCAUUCCGUACUAUACCAUAUGAUAGGAUGAGAUAGGAUAAGGUGUGAUACGAUAAGAUAGGAUACAAUACAGUACCAUACCAAACCAUUUGAUACAAUAGAAUACUGUAUGAUAUGUUUUGAUUGGAUAGAACAUGAUACAAUACAAUGCAAUAUGUGAUGAUACCAUACAUAAAAUGUGAUGCGAUUCUAUGACAUGUUACGAUAAGAUAUGAUAUGAUAUGAUAUUAUGAUAUAAUAUUGCUAUCAUAUGAUAUGAUUUAAUCUAUUACUGUUGAAACAAACAUCCCCAUAUUAAGGUGCAGGCACAUAGUGAUGACAACAAUGACAAUUUACAAACAUGAUCCAUAGGGUUGAAAAGAACACAACAUUUAAAGUUGAAAAAAUAUAAAUAUAGGUGGCAGUAUCUGUCUUGUUUCAAACUAGCUUUUUAGUAGCUUCACUGUGUGGUAAAAAAAUGGAGAAGUGUGCCUUAAAUACAUGGAUGUUCUUUGGUUGAAUGAUGUUUUCUUUUUCAGAAUGGGCCGCCCCAGUAGAAUCAUGUUCCUGGACUCCGACGGGACCACCAUGUUUGAGUACAGAGUCCCCAAAGGAGAAUCAGACAUGGUAAGACAUGUUCUAAGACCAUCCUAUCUGGCUGCUGUUGUUUGUGUCGUUUUUUAUGAAGUGCAUGUGUGUCUGGUGUUUCCUGUUCAAGACAGAAAAAUGAAGUACUGGUGUGAUUGAUGCUCUCCCUUCAUGACUUUGUGCUCAAACUCUGACUUUUUCUCCCAUAACUCACUCUAGAAUAAUAAACGAUAAGCACGUACACACACAAACACAGAAACACUUCCUCUCUGCCUCUUUAUAAACAUCACACACUCAGCCUUACUGCAGUAAACAUCCUCACACACUCACUCAGUCACUCAGAGGGUAUCAUGAGGGAGGAAACACCACCAGGUCAGAGGUGUGUGAGUGCAAGUUUAUUAAAAGGCCAGUUUUAUCCUGAUAAAUCAGUAAACUGAUCCGCUGGUGGAACGGUAGUAUCCCAAUACUCCCUAAGGUCAGACUCCAUCACUACACAUCAUUUCCUGCCAAGAUACACACACAUAUCUCCUGCGUACACCCUGUACGGCCAGCCAGGAGUCCUUUAAAUACAGGUCCCAGAAAAUUGGCCUAUUAUUAUUUUUAGAUAAAUGUCAGUGUCAAGCACCAGAGGACCCGAGAGAAAACACUCUAGCAUUGAAAAAUGAAGGAGGAGGAGGGUCGACAGAGCUCAACUUUUGGACAGAGAAUUUUUCACAUGUUACAUCACUGCCCAGCAAAAGGACAGAGAGUAUAGCUAAUUAAAACUGAGAUUACCCCUGAACUGAAAGUUAUGAGGUGCAGGCACUCGGCCAUAUUUCUUCUCUGUGCUGACAGCAAGAAAGGCUGCAGCCUCGGGUAGAGAGCGAAUUCACAUAACUAAACGUAUUAGCAGAUGUGCGUGUUGUCUGUUUGUCGUUGUGCCUUUCUGUUUUUUUACAAAUGAGAGAUAAAUAAGACAGUUGAAAUUGUAGCCACUAUCACACCUUGACCAAAACUGCUGACAUGAUACGAUAUGGUACAAUAUGAUACGAUUUAAUACAAUGUUAUGCAAUACGAUGCAAUCUGAUAUAACAAGAUACAACAGGAUGCAAUACAAGUUGAUACAAUACGAUACAAUUCAAUACGAUUCAAUACGAUGUGAUACAAUACAAUACAAUACAAUUUGAUACGUUUUGAUUCAGUUUGAUGCGAUAUGAUAAGAUACAACUUGAUACGAUACAGAACAAUUUGAUACAAUACGAUACGAUACAAUACAAUUUGAUAAGGUACAGUACAAUGAGAUACAGUUAACCUCAAUUCUCCCAGACAUUUGUUUGGGAUUGGGGAACUGCCGCCUCACUCCACAUUAUAAAAACAUGGGGUAAGCAAGGAAGCACCACCAGAUAACAGCAUGACAAGGUGAUGAGUUAAGUUUCAGAGAAUAAGUUAACAUUUUUAUUGUUUUUCCUAACUGACAUGUUUUAUCAGACUUGCAUAUCGUGUUGUGUUGAUACUACAGAACCUUUUUAGUUAAAGUCAAAAUUAUGCUCUUGAACCUAAUUAUACAAACUUCAAGGUGUUCAUUUUGACUGUAAAUGUUCAGCUACAGUAUGAACGAUGGCGUAUCUUUGCUCCCAGCUCACCUGUCUGAGUGUUUUUUAUGUAGGUCUGUGGAGUAUGGAAGAACUUGCCAAAGCCUCUUCUCAGGCAGCUGCAGUCUGAGCAGAUGCGCAUCAGCAUGACCACAUCGACGAGCAGACGGGAAGAAGUGGAGGGCAAGAUCAUCAAACACAGAGCGCUGUUUGCCGGUGCGUGUGUGAUUGGUUCAUUAUUCUCUUAAGACAUGUGCAUUCCUUUGUCUUUGUGUUGAAGUACACAAAAACUCAGUAUUUACAAAGUUGGGGGGGCUGUAUAUGCUUUUGUGUAAUCUCAGAAAGCCUUGUGAGGAUUAAUGUAGCUCUGUAAACAAAGUCCUAACUUUGUUUACAGAGGAGUAUUUAUGUAGAAGACAAGUGAAUAAAAGAAGGCUGAUUCUUAGUAUGACUGCAUGUGUCCUGCAGAGACGUUCAGUGCAACGCUGACUUCAGAGGAGGAGGAGAACUCAGGCAUGGGAGGCAUUGCCAUGUUGACUCUGAGUGACACAGAAAACAACCUCCACUUCAUCCUUAUCCUCCAGGGCCUCGUCAAACACAAAGACAAAGGUGAGUGGUAAGACAAAGAAGAAAGAGGGGAAGAUUUCUAAACUCCAAACUUAGACUUUCAACCCUCCUAUUAUGGUGCCAUCUGAAACAAUGUGAUUACCAACUCCUCCAGUGAAACUACAGGUUUAACAAAACCACAGAGACAAGGAUCCUCCUCUGGGAAGCCCCUUGCCACUUACUUUCCACCAAAUUCAUCUCUGUGAUUCACUGCCUCAAGUUUUAAACAGCGAGUUUGACUUUGGUGUCUCUAUCUGAAAGAAAACCAUGAUCAGCGCCAAGACAGCAUUUUUCUACGCUAGGUUAGGUAAUUUUAUUUGUAGGUUUGGUUUACACUGAGUGAGUCAGCCAUUAACACACAAACUAUCAACAGUACAAGUCAAGACAUAAUAGACAAAGUGACAGCAGUUCCAAAAGAUUACCGAAAGAUUAACCCUUGUGCAGAUGGCAGCACAUGUUGCUGCACUAUGUUUAUACAUUGUUCAGAUUUAGUGUUGCCUUCCUAGAUGUGGCACUAGCUACGCCACACCACCUCACUCAUCGAGCCCAACCAUCAGAGUUGCUGGCUUUUAAGCUGUGUGUUGAUAACAGGCUCUAUGAGGAAGCAGCAUCCAUGAUUUCAAAAGUAGAUGUCAGAUUUUGAUUUGACUGACCUCAGUUAAAUCUGUUUUAUUGUGCAUUUGUGGAUGUAGUGACGACCUGUAUGCACAGACAUUUGUAUUUGGGAGUGAUAUUGAGCCAAUGCAGUGAUUUCCACCAUAGAGCCCUGUCUAAUUUUAAUGUCUUUAUAUAUUUUGUUUUUAUGGUGGGUGUCGAUGCACUGUUCAUAACUUAGAAAAAGGUUUAAAUGAUUUGCACACCAGCUGAUAGAUGUUAUAAACAUCAUGCUCGGUGUUCCAACUCUUGAGGAAAUGGAAUCGUAUUUCCUUUGAAAGGAAUACACCCACUCACUGGAUGGAGAACGCUUUAAAGCAAAGCACAUCCUUGUCAGUGGCUGUUAGGGCAAACAUCACUAACAAAGCUGUCUGUUUUCAUCAGAGCCCAUCCUGGUGCCGAUCCGAGUCCAGCUUGUGUACCGGCAGCACAUCCUAAGAGAGAUCCGAGCCAACAUCACCUCUCACGUGAGUAGUGAUUAUAAAGUGUCUGUUGUCAAGCAAAACUCUUCAUUAGAGAAAUAUCUACUGUCUGCUAUAAGUAUUCAGCACAUCGUAACUUUUGAAGUCAAGUAAAAAGUGUUCUGGGUACAGACGAGGAUUUAAGGGGUGACUGGAGGAGGAGCUGCUGGUUUUAGUGAAGGAACACAUGACACAGCAGCACACUCACUCCUGCCCUCCCUCACCCCGUCCUCACAAAGACGGAUGUGGUUUUGUCACCACAUCCUAAGGCUGUUGUUGCUGCCGCUCUAAUCACAGUUAAACUACCACGAGACAUGACAAGAAAAACGAGCGGAGAGGAAGAGUGAGGGGAGAGAAACAGGAGGUGAGAGAAAGUGUGCGAAAGAAGCUCGGGCAGAUGUGAGCGAGGGAUGAGAGACACAGAGGAAAGGAGGGGAGGGGGAGAGGAUGGACUGAGCACACACUCCUCACACAUGUCAGUGGUUAGUGGUCUGUGGGCUGAGGUGGAUGGAGGGAGGAAGGAGGAGUGAUGAAAGGCGGGUCUGUUUUAAAUUCUGCCAGGGGCUGAUGCGCUUCUCUCGAGCUUAGCGGUGAGAGUGACUGUCCAUGAAAAGUUGUAGCUCAGCAGCAGUCGUAUGACCCGUCACGGUGUCCUCAAGCUGGGUUCUUAUACCUAAACCACUAAAUCAGCUAAACCAGAACACCAGUACAAGACACACAACACAGGACCUGCAUAACCAAAACAAUCUGAUCAGGUUUAAGCCAUUAGAUUAGAUCAUUUAUUAAAAUUUCUUUUGGAAAGAUUUUCAGAUUUGACCACAUAAACAGGUUUUGUUUCUGAUCUGGAUUAUGGUUUCCAUGUGUGAUCAAAAUUUUUGUUAAAUGCCUCCAAUCCAGAAAAUCAGGAUUCAUCUUAUCCCUGUGAAAGGGGAGAGGCAGAGAGGAUUUCACAAAACAAAAGAGUAAUGAAACUCCAAAUGAAAACAUUUCACUCCCGCUGAGUAAUAUCUAUAUGUUAAUGUCUGUAUUUACAUCUUUAAAGAUCUGCUCAUUCUGAUUCAGACUACACUGUUCAUACGACGGCACCCUCAGGAUGCUCUCCUUUAUGAUUCCAGCUUUAAAUACAAUCACAGAGCAGGAAACACAUUUAAUUUUUAUACGCAUAGUGUCAUUUUUCAUUGCACCAGUAAUCCUGACAGUUAUUGCUCUGCAUGAUUUACACAAACUCAAACACAUAUCCUUUUGCAUCUCUCACUAUUAUCUCCGUUCAAUUUUCCCCACAUAACUCACCUUCCCUCCUCCCCAGAGCCCCCCUCUCUGUUUUGGCUCCACGCUGUGUGGAUUUAUGGUGCAUGUAUAUUUAUAUUGAACUCAGGCCCUUAGGUCAUAAAAUAGUAACAUUUCUCCAACAUGCUCGUACAUCUGUCCUAUUAAUUCCACAUUUCUCAACCACUUGAAAAUUCCCCCUAACCCCCCUGCCCUGUGCUCUCCUUGGGUCCAGCUGCCUGCUUGAAAUUAAACUUCACUCUGUAUGGAAAGUGUCGCUGCAAAUGCAAGACAUAUUUUCAGCCCAGUGGGGUGGUUUGAAAUCAUGUGUUUUUAAGUGUUCUUGAAACCAAGUUGAAUGCUUAAUUUUUGUUAUUAUCCGAAUCAUGCGGUGAGUUUGCUGUUCUGGGAUUAUUUUUACUCAGAUGAUUUUAUUUUUCUAAGACUGGAGACACAUUUUAGUUGGAAACGUCAUAAGUUGUGGUUUUGCUGCUCUGGUGAUGUGUCGGUUUUUGCUUUUGCAAGUCAAAAAGAUGUUUUCUGUGUAUUUUGACACAUUAAUCCAGACACUGCAAAGGGAUUUAUUCACAGAGGAAUCUUGUUUUAUAUAUUUACCCAUUUUCAAGCCCAUAUAUUGCACACAGCUAACUGUUUCCAUCUGUGCCUACAGGAUCCAGACUUUGCUGAGGUGCUGACAGACCUGAAUAGCCGGGAACUGUUUUGGUUAUCUCGUGGCCAGCUGGAGAUCGUAGUGGCAACGGAGGGUCAGGACCCACGACAAAUCUCCGGCUCCAUUAGCGGCAGGAAAUCGUGUGACAGUAAGUGUCCCCCACUAAGGCGAAAACGUUUUUCAUGUCUCUUUUGCGACAAACACUGCGGAGCAAACAAAGGUUCUUGACGAUGUGUUUUGCUUUGUUUGCGCUCGUCCAUCUGCGGCUGUUUUUGUCAUUCUACUCCAUAAAUACGAACUCCAUCCUUUCAAGUGUUAUCAGAGGGGGAAAACCGUGUUUAUAGACCUUCUGUUGGAGUUGGUGGCCCACCAACACUGUGUAUGCAUGUCUGUCUGUGAGUGUGUUUGUGUGUGUGUGUGUGUGUGAGAGAGAGAGAGCGAGAGGGAGAGGGGUUUUAGGAAUGUUGUGGACAGACUGAUCGUCCGUUUAAGCGUGCACACGUGGUCGUUUCAUUGGACGCUCUCUCGAUCAUGAACAGGGAGACGUCUCUAGCUCUUUGAAAGACACUUUUAAAGACAUGCAUGUAAGAAGAGAAAAAUGCAUGAAGCUGUUUUUUGGUCAGUUUUUACACAUGGACACACAAUGGUACUGCCAAGGUCACAGUCUGCUGGACCUGACUCUACAUGCUGGUGAUUAACAGCUUGACGUUAUGCGUGAAGAAUUCAAACUCAACAGGCUUCUUUUUCCCCUCGCUCCCUCUCUCUUCUCUCUCUCUCUCUCUCUCUCUCUCUCUCUCUCAGUCUUUCAGUCUCCCCCCUUCCCCAUCUUUGGCGUCAUUCCUCCUCUCUGGCUUUUUUCUGUCUCCAUGUCAUUUUCAAAUUUUUCCCCUGCCUCUUUCCCAUCACCCUCUGUUAGUCAUUCCCACCCGUCCUCCCUGCUCGCUCUUUUUAAGCCUGCUGCAUUCAACAGGAGUUACCUCACCAUAAGGCUUAACCUUGGGUGGGUUUUUUCGCUUGUUCUUGUGCCUAACAGACAUGUAUGUUUCUCGCCAAGGCCAGGCAGACAAUUACACAGCAGACACACCUCCUGAUUAGACCUCCAAUUGAGUCUGUCCCAUCAAUGACUGGCUCUUGCUGAAGGGAUGUCUUGUUUGAGUGUGUUAGUGUGUGUGGGGGGGAACAUUUGGAAAACGUGGACCCCUUCCUCUCUGAGUAAAUUUUGACAUGUUUAAAAUCAUUGCCUCAUCUCACUCGCUGUCAUGCUCUACUUUAGUUGAGGGGAGGGAAACUCCGAGGGGAAAGGCGAUUAUUUAAGAUAAGAAAUCUGAGAAGGAGUGUACUCUAAAGUGGAUUUUUGAUGUUGAUCUGUGCUGGUUUUGCUCAGCUAUACAGAGUGUGAUGUCCAGCGGGGAUGCAUUGACUCCGGGGAAGACAGGAGGAGUGGGAUCUGCCAUAUUUAACCUCCAUGGUAACGGCACGCUCGACUACCAGGUAUGGAUUUGUUGACUGUUUUUGUGAUGAUAAAGAACUUUAAUUUGAGGUUUGGAACUGCAAUUUUUGACAAAUUAAAAUAAGAGUUUUAUAAAUGAAAGGAAAUUGUGAAAUGUGUGCUCAAACCAAAUUUUCUCUCUUAAAGGAAACUUCUAAUUACUUAUUUUCACCUUCAUGUCAGUCUUAUACACCUACAGAGUGGCUUCAGGGUGUUACCUUUUACACAGCUUAGUCUCAAAACAAUCCAAAAACUAUGCUUUCACAGAAAAGGUCUGUUAGCAUCCAUGUAGCUGCCCAUUCAGCCAUGUGAGCAUGUGUUAGCCUCUGCUACAUUUCCUGCUGUAUUGAUGUUACUUGCAGCUUGUAGGUCUGGGUCUUUAUGGACGGAACAGACUCAGGAUUCAGGUACAGCUGAGAUGCAAAUCCAGCUAGUACUGGCCUUUGUUGACAAAGAAGUCAUCAGUAAAGUGGCGUGCACAAACAGCUACAAGGUCAUCCCAAAAUACAUGAAAACUUCAGGAAGAGUGUGAUUUUCCAUUCACAACCGAAUGAUGCUUUUGAGUGACUUUUGGAGACAUACCAAAUCAACUUAGUGCAGAAAAAGAAAAAGAUGGAUGGUAAAAUAGAUUUUUUUAGCUUACGGUUGAACUCCACUCCUUCAUUGUCUUACCUAUAGCAAGACCUGAUGCCAGGUCACAGCCAUGUCUCAAAAUGAGAUGUUCAAAAAACCUGGAAAACACAUCUGGGGAUUACACCAACAUCUGUGUGUCUCUUGUUUGAAACUUUACAGAGUUUUAGUAUGGAUGUCCAACAUCUUGACAUUAAAUAUGUAUUAUUAAAAUGUAGAUUAGCAUAUUAGGUCCCCUACAUGUAUCAAAAAAUGACUAAAUGGAUGUCUCAAAUAGGAAUGGGUCAUGAUUUUUGAAUAUUUACGUACUUGUUCAUUGUUCAAAAAGUAUCUCAAAGAUACGUUUUAAUUAUUUCGCCAGUUUCUGACUAUGAUAUGACACAACCAUCGCACAGGGUUCAACCUCUUCAAUUGUAGAAUUAAGGCCAAAUUACAUAAGUCUACAUCAACUAUACACAGAGAUUGAGACAGCCAGCAGAAGAGCAAUGAAUCAAUUAUUGAAUAGUUCACAAUGACCAUCAAAUAGUAUUUGGCUAUUAGCAAACAUCCCUCCGCCUGGCUGUGUAACCGGUCCAUCUGGGCUGUGUAUGUUAUAAUUGACAGGCUUAAUAGCAGACAGACAGAAAGCAUUAGUUCACAAGCUCGUCUGUUUUACAAAAGGCUGAGUGUCACCACUCUCACUCAGAUUUUUACACUCAAGUUUUAUGGAGUUUCCUCCUUACAAGAAAUUACAGACUUGGGAAAAUCCAACCACAAACCAUGUCAUAAACCAGACAGAACUUAUUAAAUUCAUAAUUAGUGCACUUUUACCUGCACUGGCAUCCAGUCAAGCUCAUCUGAGAUUAAACUAAAUCUCAAGACAUGUAAUAAAACUGUGUCUGCUCCUUUCAAGACCCAAUAAAUAAGCAGCUUUUGUAAACAAUUUAAAAUCUGCUUCAAACAGGCCUUCGUCUUCAAGAUCUGCACAUGCAUCAUCCCACUAAGUAAAGCUGUUGUGGGAUUAACAAGAUAAAACUGGAUCAAUGUGGCGUUCUUUCUGCAGGAGGAUAAAACACGCUUAAUACAACAAGAAAAGACCUCCUGCAAAGCACACAAUAAAACUAAGCUUUAGGGAAAUAACCGAUGAAUAUACUGGAUAGUAAGUAACACUGUAAUGAUUGGUGUAUGUCCGCUCCAGGUUCAGGUUGCAGGUCUUACCAGUGAAUUUCUCGGCCUCACCAUCGAGCUGAAACCCCGGCGUAGAAACAAGCGCUCUGUGCUGUAUGACCUGACCCCGGAGUACAACAAGGCCACCGGUCGCGCUCAGGGCAGCUGGAGUCGCCUGGAGGCUCGCCACAUCCACAUGCUGCUGCAGAACGAACUCUUCAUUAACGUGGCCACAGCGCACAACCAGGAUGGAGAGCUAAGGGGGCAGAUUAAAGCCAUGCUCUACAGCGGCCUGGAGGCACCCAGACAUGGUAAGAGUUAACAGGAGCAGGAGGAGGAAUAAAGCUCAAAGAACAUAUGGAGCUGCUUUCUGAUUACACGAAGAAAUCACAGUUUCUGAGUCCCGGUUGCACGCCUCAUUGAAACAUUUCCCCGUCUUUCAGAGCUUCCCACUCCUCUGGCCGGACACUUUGUGGCUCCAGCUGUAAGAACAGGUGCUUCUGGUCACGCCUGGGUGUCGGUGGACAAACAGUGUCACCUGCACUAUGAGAUCGUGGUUGCUGGCCUUGGCAGGACUGAGGAUCUCACUGUGAACGCCCACCUCCACGGACUGGCAGAGAUCGGGGAAAUAGACGACAGCAGCACCACGCACAAGAGGCUGCUCACCGGCUUCUACGGCUCACAGGUACGUAAACAAAUUCAAACAUUCAACAGUGGAAAGAAAGCAUGCAGAGUGCACAGACUCAUGAAUACUGUCCUCUCUUUCCAUCAGGCUCAGGGCGUUUUAAAGGACAUUAGUGUUGAAUUACUGCAACACCUGAACCAGGGGACAGCUUUCAUCCAGGUCAGCACCAAGAUGAACCCACGUGGAGAAAUACGAGGACGGGUAUGUGCAGAAAAAAUCCUGAUUUAUCACUUCACGUUUCUUUUUGAAUUCAGUUUUGAGUCUGUUGCUGGACUUAGACUCUACAUGAAAAUUUCUGCUCCAACAGUUUAAAAUACACAGAAGUAACUUUAUAUCAAAGAACCGCCUGAGCAAGACCUGCAGUGUUUGUCAUUGUCUGCAAAUGUGUAACAUAAUCUAUAAAUUUCCCAACGUGGUUUAUUUACUCAAAAGUUUAUCACUAAGUACCUGAUUUUCCUGUUGACCCAGAUGUCCAGAAUGUUUUGAUUGGCUGUCCAUGAAGUCUGGUCUACCUAACAGAGCAUAAUAUUUAUGGAUCAAUUCAUGCUUUUGCAAGCUGAUAUGAGACAAACUUCAAGUGUUUGAAUGCAGAAAUACAAACAGGCUCCAAUCAGAGGAAAGUCAGGUCCUGUUUAUUUGUGUUCGAGAGGCUGGACCUCUUUCUGCGUAAUCAGAUGCAUGACCAGAGCAAAUUUAACCCAGCUGCUAAAGUUUAUGGACAUUUUAAAUUUAAGUGUAACAUACGAAAGAAUAAAAACUUUUACAGGGAAGAAAUACUUAUUAAAAAUGAUGUAGGAUUCAUUCAUCAGAGGUCCUCAUCCCUUCUUUCUCAGAAGUAGCCCUUCUGUGUUUAUACGUCUGCUCAUGCAGCCCACACAGUCCCACUUUCACUGGCAGGUGCUGUCUGCCUCGAGGGGCUUUGCUGGGAAGUAAAAGUUUAAUUGCGCUUCAGAAACACACACAAGCUCUGACCCCUGUCACCCGCAACCCCGUUUGCAGCCUCACAGGUGUAGAAGGUCAUGAGAUCUUUCGGGCUUCUGGGUAAUAACUUGGAAAGCGAUCACACACAUCUAACAGGCAGGUCAAGCUGUUUUACUAGCCAACAGGUCAAACGUAAAAACAGCCAUCUGCUGCUAACAAGUCUGCUCGACACCAGGUUUGAAUCAGGUGUGACCAGCAAAUCUCUGAUGUGCUCUCUCUCUUUCCCUCUGUCUCUUUUCUCUUUGCAGGUUCAUGUGCCAAACAACUGUGAGCUUGGGACCAGAGGGGCUCCAGAGGAGGCUGAGCUAGAUGACCUCUUUGUUAAGGAUCCUGAGGAGCUGAAGAAAGACCCUCAUACCUGCUUCUUUGAGAAUCAGCACCAUGCUCACGGCUCCAGCUGGACCCCAAACUAUGACAAGUGUUUCUCCUGCAGCUGUCAGGUAAGAUCCUAGAACACAAAGGCAGCAAAAUUAUUCAACACGUGUGCAUUAGAGAUCACAAGAGAAGCAGAAAAAUCCAUCUGCUGAAAAUCUGAUCUCAUUUUUUCUCACUGAAAAACUUUUUUCAUGUUUUUUUUUCCUACAGAAGAGAACUGUGAUCUGUGACCCGGUCAUCUGUCCAGUGUUGACCUGCUCCAGGACCAUCCAGCCCGAGGGCAAGUGCUGCCCCGUCUGUGACGGUGAGAUUCACAGCGAAUGUUGCUGUAUAUGACAAAAUUUAUCAAUCAGACGUAUUCAUCAGGUCUGAAACAGCUUUGAGGGCCAGACAGUGACAAACUGAGUCAUUAUGAGAUCAUGCAGUGAUCUCCCACUAUAGAGCCAUGUCUACUUUUAAAGCAGAGCAGCCUAAAGGCCAAAAGAUCAUGGCCACCCAGUGCUGGUUUUAGUUCUUGUCCCUUUUGCACAGAGAUUUCUCCAGAUUCUCAUAAGUUUAAGAUUAUUGAUAUAAUGCAAAACAGUCAUAAAUGGUACAUCUUGGAUAAAUAAUUGACUCAAGAUUACAAAAUGGUUCUAGUAGGUUAAGUGCUGGAUUAAUAAUGUUUGUGCUGUUCAGAUUAGUCAUAAAAUAAUGAUCUCCUGUUGCUGGGGAAAGAUCUCUUGUAAUUCGCACCAGCAGUUCAGUAUUUGUAUUGCAUGAGUCAGGGUGAUGUAGAUCUUUCAGUAUUUUGUCUCACUAUCUAAAAAGAAAUGAUAUCUAACAAUAAUAUUAAAUCACUCUGGAGUUUAUUUUCUUUUAUAUCAGAUUUGUGUGUAACUUUGUGCUGUUGAUUUUUAUUCUUCUCGGGUGAAUUUCCAGCGCAAUCCCCGCAACAAUCAUAAAGUUGGAAACUAAUUCUGUUUUUAUGUGUCCAUUUCCUGUUUCCUUUGCAGAGAGGAAAGAGCCCAAGGACAUGAAAGCUCCAGAGAGGGUGGAAGAACAUCCUGAGGGUGAGUACAGCCUCUCCUCUUUCAGAUUCAGCCUCUCACUCCUCUGCCGGUUUUUCUUUACAAGCUUCUCCUUGAUUUUCUUCAACAUUCCCUCUCUAAGUUUAACCCUGAAUCAUUGAUGCUUUUUCUUGCCGACUGUUUCUUUAUAACCUGUUUUUUUCUCUCUCUCUCCCAGGGUGCUACUUUGAAGGAGACCAGAAGAUGCACGCCCCAGGAACCACAUGGCACCCUUUCGUACCUCCCUUUGGCUACAUUAAAUGUGCUGUCUGCACUUGCAAGGUAAAUAUACACCAAUAAACCCGCUCACAUCUGGCUGGAUUUACUUUCCAAAAGCCCUUAAUGGGUCAUUUAUCUUGUAUUAGAGAAACAGAGGCUUGAAAAAUGCCUCAUCUGUUCAACUAUUUAUGUGGAAAAAAAGCAAUAAGUCAGCGUUAUUCUGUGCCGGAGAGGGAAAGAAACAGCUGCUAACCUGAUGCUAAUGCUACUCUGCAUCCACAGGGGUCUUCAGGGGAGGUUCACUGCGAGAAGGUGACGUGUCCGGUGUUGACCUGCAGUCAUCCUGUGAGGCGCAAUCCCUCAGACUGCUGUAAAGAGUGUCCGGAGGAGGAAAAGACUCCCGCUGGGUUGGAGCACAGCGACAUGAUGCAGGCAGACGGCCCGCGGCACUGCAAGUUCGGCAAAAAUUACUACCAGAACAGCGACAACUGGCAUCCCUGGGUACCGCUGGUCGGGGAGAUGAAAUGCAUUAACUGCUGGUGUGAUGUAAGUACUGCAGCUGCACAAAUACACAAACCAAGAUCAGAUUCUUUUAACAUGAGAAAAGAGUUUUUGUUACCAAAGACAGAAAAAGAGAGUAAAAAUAUGAAGCCUCCUGUUGUGACUUUUCAAAUUAUAAUGCAUGAGAUGUUGAUGGAUGGAUGAUGUCCUGCUUACCGCUCUUUACCAAUUCUUCAUCCUUUUGUCUUUUUCUCUGCAGCACGGUGUGACCAAGUGUCAGAGGAAGCAGUGUCCAGUCCUGACCUGCACCAACCUCAACCGCAGAGACGGUGCCUGCUGCCCCGAAUGUCUCGGUAAGCAAAAACACACAAAAACACACACCAGCAGAAAAUCAAAUCAUAAAUAUCUGAGUGUUUUAGAAAGGAGGGAUCUACACCUCUGAAAUAGUUUAGACUCCUGCCUGAGCAGGGACGUAAAACAAUCAGUGAAAUAUGCAGAAAGCUCAUGCUUUUAUAUAAUCACCUAAAAAAAUUAGAAACAGUUUGGGGUCUGGACUUGCAUAACAAUACAAAUGUGUCCUCUGAUGACUUUUUUUAACCUGCCAUGAAAUUUAGUUCAGGUUUUAGAUAUUUGUCCAGAGAAAGGCUCAAACUGUGAGUCAUCAAACAAAAAUGAACAAACAGAGCUUUAAAGCUGUAAAAUAUUUCCCCUUUAGUUUAUCUUCAGAGUAUUUGUUCCUGAUGUAGAUGUUCUCGUCUGUUAAAAUCCAUAAAGAUGGAAGAAAAUCUUAGACUUGGGUACACUAAAUCACAAGAUGUACGUUUUUUUCUUUUCUUGAACAAUUAAGAGGCUCAAACCACCAAACAUUACACCAAUUUUUCAAAAUGACAACUGAGGAUUUUGGUCACAUUAAGGAUAAAAAUAAUUAAAGACAAACAAAGUGAUAAAUCUAGGAUAAAAGUGCUAAUUUUACCAGAAUGAAGUCAUAUGAGAGGAAAGUGGUAAAGUUACAAAAAAAAAAACUCAAACAUUUAUGGGAGAAAAGUUGUGAAAUUACAGGAAAGAGUCUUAAAUUUAUAGGCAUGAACCCACAAAAAAAUCACAAAUUUAUAGGCAGAAGAAGAAAAACUUUUAGAUGAACAAAGCUCUAUGUUAGCAAGAUUAAAUUCACUAAUUAAUGGGAAAAUGUGUUUUUAUUCUUUGUUGGUCAAUGUACAUAAUUUAAUUUGUCAAAGUUUUGAGAAAAUACAUUUAUGAAACAGUUUACCGUCCAUCAGUUUAGCACAGAGCUGUUUUAAAAAGUGCGUUUCAGUCAUCAUCCUGCUCCCAGUGUUAGAAAAAUCACUCAGCGGUUGAACAUGACGGAUCUUAUUUAUUGAAAAUCUGCUGCAAACUCUAGUUUCUCAGCCCUGAUGUGAAAGUGCUGACAGUUUUAGCAGACUUCAGGUAUUCAGGAGCUUCUCUCACAGAUUAGUAUCAUAUUAAAACUCAAGUCUGCUUCAUCUCUGCUCUGUGUCUUAACUCUGAAAUUCCUGUUUCUGCAGAUUCCAGAGAAGGAGUGGACCAGAUGAUGAAAGCUCCAGACAAAAGACGGACCUCAGGACACUGAUCUGAGGAACCCACGCUAACAACUCCGAACCCUCCUCUACCCAAAUGGGCCCAAACCCAGAGCUGCACACUGGGCCUGUCCCCCCCACCUCCUCCCCCAAACCCACCCUGUUAUCAGCUUCAGGAUUGUAAUGAACAAGAGAAAUAAUAAAGGGAUAAUUUUCUAAAGACUUGUCAAAGCGACGAAGAGGAACAACCAGACUUCACAAACCUACUGCCGUUUCUUUUUUUGGCUUCUGCUUCUGCUGGAAUAUUUUUCUCCACUCGGUUUGUCAAAGUAAAAGCUCAUCAGGAUGAAAGAUACAGAGGUGAAAAUGAAACCGCUUGUUUGAAGGGAUUUUUUUCUCACUCUUGGUCCAGGUUGUGCACGUCGUAUUUCAGCGACAGAGCUUCUUUUUGAAGUACAGCCUUAAAUACUGUAUGUCUCCCUGAAAAGAGAGAGAGGGAAGUAUUGCUCAAGUUUGUGUGAAUGUGAGUUUGUAUGGGUGUUUUUUUUGCUUUAAAUUUUAAGAAUCACAACUAAUCAUCAAAACAGAAACACAGCACGUGUCCCGGGUCUCACAGUACGGUUUAGAAAGAGCAAAAAAGCAGCAAAAACCAGGAGGAAGCUCGUCAGCCGGUCUGCAACUUUUAAGAGGAUGUAAAAUUUUGAUUUUUUGUGCAACUUCUCUCAAAGAAAAGCUGAUAAUAGCUCCAAUCGUUUCAGUUUGAUCUAAAUACUCCAUUGUGCACACGCUUCUCUGCUUCAGUUGUUCUUAUUUCUGUCUCAAAUUAAGUAAUAUUUUAUGAGUUUUCCUAUCGUCGUUGUUUAUGGAUAUGAAGCUGGUUUGUAUUUUGUAUUUAUUGAACCGUUUGGAGACAAAAUAAAGAAAAUGUUUGUUGGUAUAAAAUAAAAGAAAAAAAAAAACGAA